CCGCCUUUCAUUAUUUCAAGCGAAAAUAAGUCUUGGCAACAAAAGUGAACAGAAACCAUUUGAAAUAUAGUCUUGCGUCAAUAACUGUUUGGAGAGGUCAUUGCUUAGAAACCUCCGAGGCGGUCCGAACUGAAAUUUGCGUAGUAGACAAUCAGUGAAAGGUAUACUACAAAGGAUAUAUUAUUGGCAAUCGAAAAAUCACCCCAAGUUGUUUUUACACGUUUUUAAACACUGUUGUUUCAUUUUAUUUAAAAAAAAAACGCAAAUUGGAGCUCAAUUGGCGCAUCGCGUCUUUGAAUAUCGUCGUCAGUGAAAUAUAAUUUCACUGACAUACUGCUGCUAGUACGUCCCACCUUUUUCGUUAUACCUUCAUUCUAUAAUAAAGAUACAAUAUACCCAUCAGCAGGAAAGUAUAUAAGGUUAUUACUGUUAUAUACUGUUAUGAGUUCUUCAAGGAACCGAACAGUGUCUCGAAUUUCCAGUGCCAUAUGCCGCAGCUGGCAUAUCAAUUGUCGUACUCACCGUUUAUUAAGUUGCCGACUUAUUUUCGGCCACCCCUUUGCAAAGUUCCUCUAUCUGGUUAGCGCUAGCAUUUGUCUCAUCAUUUUUAUCCAGUGCAAAAAUAAUAUUCACCUGCAAAAAAAUACUCGUGACACUCCGGAAGUUGAUCGAGCGACCUGCUGUCAGCUCCCCAAUAAGCAGGCAAAGGACAUUUGCGGCCGAUCAAAUUGCACUUUGCCAUGCACAAAGCCGGAAUUGGAAAUUGACUCCACCAGUAAAAGGAAAUCUCCUCUUAGCCAGCAUCAAGCCUUUUUCAUAGAAUCGUCGGGCAACGGUGCGCUGAGUUAUCGACAGGCUUGCACCGUCGAGUCGCUCGCCUUGCAUAACCCAAAUUUGAUCGUCAACGUCCUUUUUACCGAUGUGAAAAUCAACACCAGUCUGGAUACCGUACAGAAACUCGUGGAGAACUACGCCAAUGUCCAGCUGAUUAGCAUCAACGUGGAUGAAUACAUGGCCGGAACACUGAUGGAGCAUUGGUAUCAAUGCACAAAUUGGCGCAGUGGGUCGUAUCACGUCAACAAUCUGAGUAACGCGCUGCGACUGCUGACCGUGUACAAAUUCGGUGGAUAUUAUUUCGAUCUCGACAUCAUUUCUGUGCGUCCCGUCACGUCUUAUCGCAAUUUCGUGGCCGCCGUCGACCGUGAAAUUGUCAACAACAACGUGAUCCAUGCGGACGCGAAACAUCCGUUCAUCGAACUGGCCAUCGACGACUUUGUCACCAACUUCAGGCCAGACUUGUGGGGUAACAACGGACCUGCUUUGAUUUUCCGCGUCUUGAAAAAGUGGUGCCACUCCGAGGACCGUAAGUCGCUGGAAUACGUCAGCUGCCCUGGUUUUAAUGUUCUUCCGGCACCGUCGUUUCAUCCGGUUCACCACUUCGAGAUGCAGAAAUUAUUCGAUGAGCCAUUGACCAACGAAACGGAGGAAAAGCCCAUCAGCUGGCUGACGGAGGACGUGGUGGGUGUUCACCUUUGGAACAGGAUGAACAAAGACGACCCCAUCUACAAGAAAGCAAAACAUCCUUACAAACGGCUGGUUCGAGAUCACUGUCCUCUUGUAUUUUCUAUUGCCCCCGAAAUCUUUUAAAGACUGAAUAUACAUUUAUUUCACAUGAAA